AUGGCGGCUGGCUCCUACCUCCUUUAUCAGCUGCUGCACUACGACGCCACGAAGCUCCAUCUGGUUGUGUACUGCUUUGGAAGAGAUUUUGCAUACUUGUUUGACAAGAGGACACGAACGGUGACAAUAUACGAGGGUGAGAAUAAUAUUGGCGAUGCUAUGGUAAAUAAGGCCAGAAGUGGAAUGAAAGGGUGCAUCAUCAUCGAUAUGGCAAGACAUUUUCAAGAGCCAUGGAAUAAUGUUGUGCCCUUCCCUGAGUGGGGCAUGAUUAUGUUGUCAUCCCCGCACGAAGAUAACCUGAAAGCAUAG